AAGAGCACAGCACCUUGGGCGAGCGACAACCUUGUGGGUGGCAUCAUUGGAGAGCAGUCCCGUGCCCGUGUCUUGUCUGCCUCCCUCAACCCCCAAGCCUCACCAUCUCGUACUCACGGAUCCCCUCUCUUAUUGGUUUCACUUUCCUAUUCUCUACCGGCUCCAAAUUCCAAGACGACCCUUCUUCACCUUCUGGUUCCUCUUUUUGUAUGGAAGGAAACUAGGGCUGGGAAAAUCGCGCUGAGUCACCACAUUUGGCGGCCAGUCCAGAACAGCUGGAACAGAGUGCCUCCUGAGGGGCCACAGGUCAGCCUCCACCUCUACAACAGCAAGUCCUCACGUGACAGCCACCCCAGAAGCCAGCUUCAUGGAACAGACACAGAGAGUCCUGAGCCGGACCCCUCCUUUCCCUGCUUCCCAACCCAGGAAGAGAAGGACAUUGGUGCGAUCUUUCUUUUCCAAGGUCUCUUGGAAACUGAGGUUGCGGAAGCAGGAACCUUUGAAGAAUGUGUUUUUCAUCUUGGCAGAAAGAGCCCGGGAUCCUAAUGCUAAAAAGCGCCAUCUGGCAAUGAGAGGCCUGGGCACCUUGGCCCAUGAAACCCCUGACAAGCAGGUGAAAAAGUACAAGAAAGUUUUCCUUGCCCUCCUGGUGCACGGGCUGUAUGACCCCGUGAGUUCUGACGUUAUCCACGAGAGCAUGAAGACUCUGACCAUCAUGCUGGGCAAGAUCCAGGGCCAAGACCUGGGCUCCUUCUUCGUAGAUAUCACUCUUCAGACCAGGAUUCUACUGGACGAUGAGAACGACGGUGUGCGGUACUUGGCCUUUGUUCUGUUUGGGCAAUUGGCUGCAUUUGCUGGGCAGAAAUGGAAGAAAUUUUUCACUGACCAGGUUAACCAGACACAAGAUUCCCUCCUGACCCAUUUACAGGACAAAAGCCCUCAGGUGGCCAAGGAAAGAGCAGCGUUUCCAGAGUGAAGAAGACCAGCGGAACCCCAGACUUUCCCGGCAGCUGAGCCAUUGUCAUCCUGAGGUCCUGCUGUUCUUCUAUGCCAAUAAAAUCCUCUAAGUCCAGAGCGGCAGAGAAAAUGGCCCCAUGUGAGUGCCCUGCUCCGGGCAUCCCGUUCCCUCUGCUCUGUCUCAUUGGGUACCUCUUUGACUCUGCUCAUAUGAUAGUAACAAGAGAGGAUGUCAGAGAGCUACUGAGGGCAAAAACAAUCUCCUGGAAGUGUAUCUCUGCACUCAAAGUAAAAUUCUACAUUACUUUCACAGAUCUCAUUUCUUCCCUAAACAAACAAAUUUGUUUAGAGGUAUAUGCUUCCUUUUCUAAAUUGUGUCUGUGUGUGUGUGUGUGUGUGCGCCUGCACAUAAAUGUGCAUGAUUGUGGAGGUGAGGACAACCUCAAAUACUGUUCCUUUGGUAUCAUCCACCUUUCCACUGAAACAGGGUCCUCAAACAGUCUGCGGCUUGCAGAUUAGGCUAGCCUUGAUGGCUGGUGAGCCCCUGUUGUAACCACACUCUGGUGAACCCAGCUUUUUUUUUUUUAAUUCUCUCAUAUAUUAUGUCGCUCAUAUAUUAUAUCUCAACCAUAGUUUCCCCUUCAUCCAUUCUUCUCAGUCCCUUCCCCUACCUCCUCUCUUCCCAAGAUCCACUACUCCUCUGAAAGAGAGAGAGAGAGAGAGAGAGAGAGAGAGAGAGAGAGAGAGAGAGAGAGAGAGAAUGUGAAUGCAGGCCUCCCAGGGAUUUCAACCAAACAUAGCUUAACAAGUUACAAUAAACCCAGGCACAAAAUCUCAUAUCAAGACUGGAUGAGGCAACCCAGUUGUGGGAAAAGGGUCCCAAAAGCCACAGGGGUUGAGAGCACAGCCCACAGAAUCAAUCAAGCAGGGUUCAUAGAGCCUCACAAAAACUGAAGCUGUAAACACGGAUCCUAUGGGUCUGAUAGCUCCUCUGCAUAUAUAUUAUGGUCAUGUAGCUUGGUGUUC